CACCCCAAAGAAAAGCAAUAGGAAGUUGAUCGAAAAGUCCCUUGAGCGGGGUUCCCCACGCAGGCAUAUUUUUGCUCCCCAGUUGUCUGAAUUCCACCAAUCCACGAUCGACCGCAAUUUAAAAGCAGCAAAGAGCUUCCGUGGAGGCCUGGAGGAAGGGACGCGCCGCGGGUAAGGAUUCUGGUACUGUACAUUAGCCAGGGACAACAUGGAAAUUCUUGAUCCUCCACCCCCCUAUGAUGACAAGAGGUCUGGAGCUGAAGGUGAUAGAAUUUGCGAGAUGGAAGAAGGGGACCUCCGAAUUGCAUAUUGGGAGGAAAAAAAUGUUAGGCAAGCGUUCAUUCGCAAGGUUUACAGCAUCAUCACCCUUCAGUUACUACUGACUGUGGCAAUUGUUGCUAUCUUCACCUUUGUGACUCCUGUGAACACUUAUGUGAUCAAUCACAUUCCAAUCUAUUAUAUAUCUUAUGCUGUAUUUUUGAUUUGUUACCUGGUGCUGGUGUUUUGUCAAAAGAUCCAGAGACGAUAUCCAUGGAACAUAAUCCUUAUGACAAUUUUUACAUUGUCUUUGGGAUAUAUGACAGGCACCAUUGCUAGCAUGCAUGACACCAAAGCUGUAAUCCUUGCCAUGAUCAUCACUACGGUUAUAACAAUCACUGUCACUGCUUUCUCUUUCCAAACAAAGGUGGAUCUCACAACCUGGACUGGUUUUUUCUGUAUACUGUCAAUUGUCCUCUUUGUGACUUCUAUCACCGCUAUUAUUGUCCUGACAUACAAAUAUAUCUAUUGGGUCGAUAUGCUUUAUUCAGCCAUUUGUGCCAUCAUCUUUACCCUGUUCCUUGCAUAUGAUACCCAGUUGCUCUUGGGGAAUAAGAGGUUUUCCCUCAGUCCUGAAGAUUACAUUUAUGGAGCAAUUCAAAUCUACGUAGAUGUCAUCUACAUAUUCCUUUCUAUUUUAAGACUUGGGAGCAGACGUUAGGGAUUUUUUUAAAUGGCAACUUAAGGGACAUGUUUUCAGAAUAUUAGUAUCUUUGCCUUCCCCCAUAUGAAUCUUUUUUGAAUAAUAUUAUCAUAUACACAUACUUAUACAUUU